AAGCACCCUAAACAAUUGUAUUCAAUGUCCUAUACCAAAUGCCUACAUACACUUCCGAGAAUUUUGAAAAAGCUAGCAAACGUGUGCUCGUUCACAUAGGCAGUAAGGUCGAUCAGAGAGCGUGCCUUUUCUUCUGACAAUUUGAAGGGCAGUGCAUGAAUCUUGCUGUGUGGAUUGCUUUGACUGAACAAGCGUGGUGUCGUGGCUAGUCUACGAACGCUCUGUAGCGCCGGGCGUGCAAGAAUACGAGGGGUUCGUGGAAUUCGAAGCAUGGUCGCCAGGGUGGGGAAGUUGAGAAGGUGUGACUGGGAUCACGUUUCGCGUCUGGCCUCUCCGCGACAAUUUUAUACAAUAAAAAAAAAAGGAAGCACGGCAGAUGACGACAAUUCAUUAAACAAUCACAACAAAUGGCAAGCCAGUGGGUAGCCAUUCGACCCAAAGAACCUGAACACGCCGGUGCGUCCGUCAGCAUUCAGGCACCCCAUCCUCGUACAGGUGAUCCUAGUCGAUACGUACUGCAGCAGGAUGGUGUGUUGCUCGAAGUGCAAAAGGUCGAAGCCGAACACAAGCAAAGUUGGUUGAUAGGAAACUCCGUUCAAAAAAAUGGUGUAUUGUACAUGAUGACGCCGAUGGAUCCAUUGUUCGUACUGUUGCCAGUACUGGCCGAAACACGCAAGAAGUCGGCAGAAUCAGAUGGUAGAUUUGUUCAAUAUGACAGCAUAUUUAGUGAUGCCGACGAUGACCAAAGAUAUCAGAGCUUGCAUCGUUUGGCUGAUAUACCCGGUCUACCAGCGCAGCUUGGCCAUCUCUGUGAUCAACAAGAAUAUAUGAAAGGCGAAUUCGUAUACAGACUGAAUGAAGACAAAACAUUAAAGUGGCUUCGGCUUAAGGUGGAAGCGGUGGCAGAUAAUGUUGAAAAGAUGCCUAUCCUACUUCAAUUCAUUAAUGAGCAGCUGUUUGACAUUGAUGCACCCCAGACGGAUACAAGCAUUAGAUCUGACGCCUAUACUUGGGCCGGAAUUCAAGUGGUUUCAGAGUACAUAACAGAUGCAUGGCAAGAAAAGCUUAACCAAAGCUAUAGCUUGACCAACUUGAAGAGCCAAGUCGAAGAGCACAAAAAGAAACAGGAGAUACAGUUUCAAAACUAUGUAACGCACGAUCCUACAGAAUUUGCCAAAGCCAAGCGAGAGGCAUCUGAUUUAUCUGAUCAGGGUUCAAAGAAACCCAAGCUCUCUGCAGGACAGAAGACGCUUGCCAAGGCAAAUAUCAAAGGCAUGAAAUCUUUGGCUUCCUUUUUCGCCAAAAAGUAGACAAUAAACUUUCCCCAUCUGACUCCGUAAUCAUCGUCCCUUUUUUUUUUGUUGCCGGAUCAUGAGGAUUCGCACAGUUACUGCCUUCGUUGCCUUAGCGCCCGAGUAUGAAGACUCACGCUCUGCUUGGGAGCCGUUAUUUCGCCAGGCAGUAGACACCAUUACUAUUGCAAAGGCUGCUCUUGAGGCCAAAGGUUACGAGGUGCAAACCACUCGCAUUGCAACCAACCCAUUCCCGGAAUUCACCCGGCAUGACACCGUGGAAAACGCAUGCACCAUUCUUGACGACAUCUGCAGUGACCUGGGUAAGCGUUUGAGCUUUAUGGCUUGCUUCCCGAGCGCUUUCAACUCAACUGCUUCCAUUAGGCAUUAUGAUGUUGAACAUUGGCCCCGCUUCGGAUGUCGACAUUAUUGCUCGAAUCCCUCACCUUAUCGCGGUAUGAUAUAUAUAUUUUUUUGGCUACCUGUUCAACUUAAGG